AUGUUCAACACCUCUUCAAAUUCACAAACCAUUUCCUCAAAAGCCUCCAAAGGGGAGCUGCGAUUAGCUGCGAGUUGUCCGAAGAAGCCUGCAGGGAGGAAGAUAUUCAAGGAAACCCGCCACCCGGUGUAUAGAGGUGUGAGGAAGAGGAAUUUAGACAAGUGGGUUUGUGAAAUGAGGGAGCCUAACAAGAAGACUAGAAUUUGGCUAGGGACUUUUCCGACGGCCGAGAUGGCAGCCCGAGCCCACGAUGUUGCCGCAAUGGCAUUGAGAGGCCGAUACGCCUGUCUCAAUUUCGCAGACUCGGUGUGGCGACUCCCUGUUCCUGCAACCUCUGAUACAAAAGAUAUACAAAAAGCGGCUACAGAAGCGGCCGAGGCUUUCAGACCAGGCAAGAUUUUAACGACUAAGGACAUUGAUACAGUUGUAGCUAUCGUCGCCACAGAGGAGGUGAGUAUGUUUUGUGUGGAAGUGGAAGAAGAGGAGGAAGCAUUGGAUAUGACAGAGUUGUGGAGGAAUAUGGUGAUGAUGUCCCCUACGCACAGUUUUGAGUAUCAUGACUAUGAACAUAUUGAUGUACAAGAAUAUCAAGAUGAAGAGGUAUCACUAUGGACUUUUUAA